AUGCUCCGUCAUACUUUGAGGCCGGCACUACGAGACAUUAAACUAUGGAAUCUACGCUCCUACGCCAAAAGUGCUUCUUUGGGUAUUGAUUCUAGUGUUGAGAAUAAUCUGCAAACAGAAACCAAUAGAGUUUCUAAGACUUUGCAAAAAUUCUGGAACGUUGUAUCUAGUCAAGAGUCUGAACGUGGCAUCACGAUAACACUGGACAGCAAACCAGUCAGAACGCCUUUGGGUAACGCAUUGACCGUCUCGAAAGAUCGGAGAUUAUUGGCUUUAGUUCUAGAAAACGAAUGGGCUAAUUUGGCCAGCUUGUCAAUCAAACCACACUCUUUACCCGUUACCUCGAUUGUUUCUCGUUGCAUAGAUCUGGAAUACGCAUCGAGGCCAGAUUCAGAUGCUGAUCUCGUUGCUAAGAUUGGCGGAGAUCGUGCCAAGAUAUCAGACACUUUACUUCGCUACCUAGAUACAGACACUCUGCUAUGCCUUUCCCCUAGUGCUGAAUUUGAGGGCGCACUUAGAGCUGCUCAGAACAAACUAUAUCUUCCAAUAAUCAAUGCCGCAGAGACGUUUCUAUCCAAAUUUUCUAAUGAACCUGUUUCGAUUGCCAUCCUUGACGCCGAUCUCCACGGUCUCAGAGGAAAUAUCCAAUCUGAAGCUACGAAGGCAGCGGCAUUGAAGUAUUUGGGUUCGCUUUCGCUAUGGGACCUAGCCGUAUUUGAGAAUACCGUUCUAACCACGAAAUCAUUCAUGUGUGGCCUUUUGCUUCUUGCAAACAAGGCGCUAACUCCUCAUUCGGAUCUUUCUAAAACGAUGGAGCAACUUGCGCAGUGUGCUACUUUAGAGACGAUCUAUCAGGUUGAAAGAUGGGGUGAAGUUGAGGAUACUCACGACGUAGACUACAGAGACGUUAGACGAAAGACUAAUGCUGCAGCUAUCGUUGCAUACAAAGAAUAG